GGCUACUCCCGGCCCUGCUGCCAUCGUUGGCUCCUAUCGUACGGCACCUGUUGCCUGGCUGUAAUUUAUCGGAACUGUAAGCCAAAUUACACGUGAUCGCGUCCUGAAGAGGUGGCGAGCGGCAAUUGCGAGUGGCUCCCUCGAAGCUGACUGACGUGCGCCACCGCAUGGCCCCCAACUCACCUCCUGACAUCGCACCCCCCAGUGUCGCGUGCACUGUGAUCCUUGCUCACUCCUGCAACCACUCCUCCUCCCGCGAUGGGACAAGAGCAGAGCGUCGAUGACGGCGAGGCGAAUACCUCUGGCCCUUCGGCCCCAGUGUCUGACGUUGAGGAUGUCGAAGACAUUACCACUCUGUCCGGCUACCGCGCCAUGAAGGUAUUCCAGGGCUCGCCCGCCUCGCGCUCCGGCCUCGCUCCGUUCGAAGACUUCAUCGUCGCCGUUAACGGCGCCGUCGUCGACGCUGACAACGCCUCACUGGCCGCCGUCCUGCGCGACAACGAGGGAAAGGAGCUCGCCCUCGUCGUGUGGAACUGCGUCGAUAACGCGAAAAGGGAUGUCGCGUUGAGGCCUGUCAAGUGGAAUGGACCGGGCUUGCUAGGCGCCGCUGUUAGGUACGAGCCCCUUGCCGGCGCCGCAGACCAUGUCCAAAGAGUCGUCGACGUGCUCCCGGAGAGCCCGGCUGAUGAGGCCGGGCUCGUGCCCAACACUGACUAUAUUGUCGGCACACCGGCAGAGGUGUUUCGAAAGGAAGCUGACUUUUCCACGCUGAUCGUGGAGGCGCUGCAAAGACAUUCUGCUGCUAGUUUCAUGGUCUACUCUUCUGCGACGAAUCGAGUGCGAAACGUCGAAAUUCGGCCUGACAAGGAUUGGGGAGGCGAGGGCUCGAUCGGAUGCGAGCUGGCCACUGGUCUUUUACAUCGCAUCACUCGUUCCGUAUCCUAGUGUAAGCUUAGCAAAUAUUUAACUCUGGAUUACACAACUUGCUCCUGCGCACCACAACCGACGAGAACAAUCCGGACGACGCAAACACGCGACCUUAUUUGUCGCGGUACGAACCAAUAUCUCCACACCGUUGACUCGUAUGUAUAAACAUUACAAAGCAUGUCA